GAAUAACAGAGUAAGAUUCGAUGGCUCCACGUCAAGGAAAAAAGACUUUUAGUUAAUGAAAUUUGAAGUAGUUACAUGAUUCCAGUGAAAUAAAAAUCAGUAGUUUGGGACAAUUUCCUCUGAGGGUUAUCAAGUCCAGAUUCUGUGGGGAAGCAUUCAUUGGCAGCAGCAGGUAGGCCUAGUUGAAUGCCAGCCUGUGUCUGUCACCAGACUUGGCCUUUGCAGCAGGUUUAAUGUUUAAUCUCUUAUCCGGCUUCCUGCCACAGUGCCUUUUACUCACGUUUUAGUUUCUGAAGCCAUUUUAGCACAGCCAUUCUCACUUUACAGCAAACCAGUCUGUUCUGACAACAAGCUACAACAAAAUGACGGACCUCGGCAGAUUAUAUUCAGAUGACGUCUCAUCCUCUCAAAGUGAAGAUGUCAACAGAGCACAUGUGGAGGAGGAUCCCACAAAAAUUCACAAUGAUAACAAUGAGGACUCAAGCUUCUCCUCUGAUCAGGGCAAUUCAGCCAAGCAGAGGGACAACACGGAAGCUGAGAAGACUAAAACAAGUGUCUUUCUGAAACCAUGGACUGGUGUGUUUAAGAAACGGAAGAAGACUGAUUCUGAAUCGCUUUCAACAGCUUCAGGUGGAAUUAAAAUGCUACCCAAUGGGACAAGAUGUAGUCCGCCUGUUUCUCCAUUGCUGGACAGAAAACAUUGGGAUGCUCAGGAUGCACAAGUUUCUGGUGACCUCAAGCCAAACUUCCCCCCAGGUUCAGGGGGAUACACAUAUGACACCCUUGAAUCCGAACUAACCAGUAUCCAUCCAGCAGAGUACUACGCUGAGAAGUUAGAAGUAUACAAGUUAAAAUACUCCUACCUGAAGUCUUGGCCUGGCCUCUUAAGGCUGCUCGCUGGCCUUCAACUUGUAUUCGGAGCGCUGGUUUUUGCCUGUGUAUGUGCGUAUAUUCAGAGAGACAGUGAGUGGUCCAACUAUUACAGGCCAAAUUAUGGAUUCACUGAUAUGAAAGGAUACCGUUACACUGGACCCAUGACAACCUUUGUGUUGGUCAUUGUUGGACUCUCAUGGCUGCUGACCGUUAUCCUGAUGGUUUUGGGAUUAACAAUGUAUUACCGAACGAUCCUGCUGGAUUCCAAAUGGUGGCCUCUCACCGAGGCUGUGAUGAAUCUAGUUCUUUCGUUGUUGUACAUGGCAGUGGGUAUAGUCUACGUGAAUGAUUUGAAUCGUGGUGGGCUUUGCUUCAUGACGGUCGGUGUCAACCCGGUCCUGUCUAAUCUGUGUCGUGUCGAGGGUGGUCAGAUGGCUGGUACUGCAUUUAUGUUCAUUAACAUGCUCAUGUACUUGAUAAGCUUCUUGGUGUGCCUUAAAAUGUGGAAGCAUGAAGCUGCCCGCCGUCAGAGGGAGGCCUUGACCAGCCAGAUGAGCAGCCAGUUACAGCAGCAGACUCUGGAAUCCACAUCCAAUAUGGGCAGCUCCUCGACUAGAUCCAAGAAAAUUUCAUUCAAAGAUGAAAUGGAUCAAAGCUCUGUGAAUAAGAGCAGACGGGUUUAUGUCUCAGAGAGAGCCGAGGAGCGAAAGAUUUUAACUGGAGCUAUUCCAGUUGGACACAUUCCUAAACCCAGAGUCGUCGCUGAUUAUAUUAUAAAAUAUCCUGAAAUUCAUUCAAUAGAAGACAGGGAGCAAUACAAAGCAGUCUUUAAUGACCAAUACCAGGAGUACAAGGAACUACACAAGGAGAUCACAGCUACUUUAAUGAAGUUUCAGGAAUUAGACACCAUGAUGAGCCGACUCAUCAUUAACAGGAGAAACCCUGAGGAGAGUAAGAGAAUCAAUGGCUUACUGAAAACAUAUGAGCAAAAAAAGAACGAUCCCUACUUUCUGGAGAAGAAGGAACGGUGUGAAUAUCUAAAAGCAAAACUAAGCCACAUCAAGAUGAGGAUUCGUGAUUUUGAUCAAAAUUUCACUGCAAAGGACAGCACUGUAUUGACAGCAAACUUGUAUGACAGCCCACCUCAGUACAGUCCACACUACAUUGCCCCAUCAAAUAUGUACACAUCCAGAAGUUUCUACUCUCAACGGAGCGAGUAUGGCUUAUACUCUUCAGUGCCUGAUGCUCCUCAAAUGGAGGGAAACCCUCAGCACUUCUACAGAUGGUUCUCACCACCUGGCAUCGUGAAAACUAUGGAGGGACUGACGGCUCUGCUCUGUUUUGUUAUUUUCGCCUGUGUUGCUUCCACUCUAGUUUGGGAUAUGCAUGGUUACGAGGGCAGCAUCGGGGCCUAUGUUGCUGGAUCUGGGGGCUAUGGCAUGGGGUCUGGGUACUAUGGAGGAACUUAUGGCUAUCAAAGCUCUUACAUGACACCCUACUCAGCAAAAUCAGCCAUGAUCUCAAUGGCAGCCCUUAAUUUUGUAGCAUCUUUGGCCAUCCUAGUGACUAGUUUCUCAAAGGUAUGGUGUGUGCAAGGAAAAACGUUUUACCUGACCAUUUUUGUGGUGGACGUGGUUCUGGCAGUUCUUCAGUGUAUUAUAGACAUCAUAUUCGUCAUUGGGGUGAAUCCCAUGGCCCAGAGUUCACAAAGCAUCUUGUACAACCCCAUCCUGAUGAUGUGUCAGACCUCAUUAGGGAAUCCCAGCAUCAGCGCUGGAGCCGGCACAGGCUUCCCUGGUGCAUAUCCGUCCUUUAAUCGAUAUCUCUAUCACUACUGCUUCAUGGAUCCUGAGGAGGCUGUGGCUCUGGUUUGUGGCCUGUUUGUCAUGAUUGCUCUGGCUGUUGCAGCCUAUUUUGCCUAUAAGACUCGAAGCAAAAUAUGGCGUCAUGGCAAACCUAAUAUCUACUGGGAAGAACCACCUAUCCUCCGUACAGACAGGAGCCAGAAUACACAAGAUUGGCGAAGCACUCAAUACACCCCCACUGUGGUUUUAUCAGAGAAGGCUUCCCCUCAUCUGAAAGCAGAGAACAGCUUCACCUCCUACACUGAGGGAACAGUGAGCGUCUACAGCGAGGCUGCAUACAAAAGCAACGUGUAUUCUGAGAACGUGAACAGUUGCUCCCCAGAACCGUUAUACCAGAAUCGGUGGAUGAGCUCCAGCCCUGUGGAGGAGGUUGAAGUGCAGAGCAGCUCAGUUCAAGAGAAACCUGAAACGUACGAGGUUGAGGAUGUUCUUUGUGAGACAGGCUACACCACUGGUGGAGAUUCAGCCACUGAAUUAGACACAUAUGAGUUUGAGGACUCUUAUUCAGAAAUUACAACAGAUGAACAGCGCAGACAGUUCAAGAAACAGUUUGAUGUCACCCUUUCUGUUUACAAGAACCUUUGUGCAGAAAUGGAUGAUAUCAGUGAUCAAAUGAAUGAACUGAGCCGAGAGCUGGACACCCUCCAUGAGGAGUCCACCAAGUUCCAGGCUGUAGCUGAUGAAUAUAAUCGACUCAAGGAUCUGAAGCGGUCUCCAGAAUACCAGGCCAAGAAGCUCCGGUGUAAGAAACUGAGGCAGGAACUGUGUCAUAUCAAGAAACUAGUGAAAAAUUAUGACAGAGGAUUUACAAGGAGAGAGAAGACUAAUGUUUCUGAUCCUCAGGAUUUCUUUGUCUGAAACUGUACACAUGUAUGCAUACACUGUGUACAUCACCGUUGGUAUAGACUUUUAUAAGCUGUGUUGUGGUUGUAAAGUUGCAAGAGGUAUUGUAAAUAUUUUCAAUUUUCCUGUAAAAUUCAUAUUUUAUUAACAACUUUAAUAAUUUGAUAAGUAACAGGCAAAAAAGUCUAAGUACACAACUCAAUGUAUGAUACUUUUGUUUAAUCAAGCUGUCAUACACAAGUAUUUAAAAAGACAAAGAUAUUAAAAUGAAAACUGUA